ACUUUCACGAUUUUUUUCGUUUAAUUAAUGUAAACUUGAAAUUCUUUCUAUUUCUGAAUGCUUAACGCGUACAAAAAAUUUAGAAAGGUUUUAAUAGAAGGGAGCUACAAUAUUAGAAGAAACUACAAGCUACUAUUCGUCAGUUUCAUGGAUACAGUUGACGUGUCAAUGUCGAAGAUAAAAAUUGCCUCUGUUGUGUGUUAUCAGUGACGGGUUGUGUAGACUUUUUUGAUUAUUUAAAAGAUCACUUUUAUACAGACAGAAAUGAGUAUCAAUCCAAUGAAAUGGAAGACCAAAAAUAUUGUAUAUACCAUAAUAAUCAUUUUUACGUUUUAUUAUCUUUUUAUUCAUAAGAAAAGUAAUCGAACGCAGAUCGUGGGCAUUGUCAAUAAUACCCAUCCCAUUUAUGUAUGGGAAUUUGUAGCAGAUUUUAGUAACAUGAAAUUAUUGAAUCCACUUAUAGAUGAUUUUAAUAUCACUGCUGAAAGUGGAAAUUACGAUCACUGGCAAUAUUCCGUUGAAUAUAGCGAACAUUUACGUUAUUUGCCAUUCAUACAAAACUACGCUGUUGGACAUUAUUCGAUAAGAAAAGAAAACCUUGAUUAUUUAAUAAGUUCGAAUCACAACACUUGCUUCUUUGGUUUCAUAUGUCUGAGGACAACAUCGGAAUUUAAAUUCGAGAUAUACGAGGAAAAGAACACGAAAUGCACCGAAAGCGUGGAAUAUCAUUGUCCGAUCACUGUUAUGCGCUUGUGCGACGAAGAAGUUAAAGCACAACGGAAGGAUAUAAUGAAUCGAUUAAAGGCGGCAUUUUCACCAACGAAAAAAUAACACUAUCGAUUCCUCGAUACUUUGUAGCUUAAUGAAAUAUUUUAAAAAUACGCCUUUUAAGAUAUUUUUCAUAUAUACAUAUAUAUACAUAGAAUUCUCAUAAUAA